AAAACCAAACAAAUCAUCCCCAGCAUUUGGCAAAGAGAAAACAAGAAGAUAACACAUAGUUUUCUCUCAAAUGGCGAUUUUGCCAACUUUAUGCCUUCCUCCCACACUCACUUUCUCAACAAACCAAACCCAUAAAUUCGCCAUUUUCACACACAAGUUUUCUACAAGAACAAGAACAAGAAAUUUUUCUCUGGGUAAUGAUUUUUUGGGUGAUUUUGGUGCUAGAGAUCCUUUUCCAGCUGAAAUAGAGUCAAAUUUCAGUGAUAAAGUUGGUUAUCAUGAUACAGAACACAAGAUUUUGAUACCAAAUGUUGCUGCUAUGUCUCUUUCUCAACAAGAAUGCCUUCCAGUUUCACAUUUGCAGUCUCCUAUGUCUGAAGAUGAUGCCAAGAAUCUCUUGAGAAAGGUUAUUGGUUGGAGACUAGUAAACGAAAGUGGAAUACUAAAACUACAAUGCUUGUGGAAGCUUCGAGAUUUUGAAUGUGGAGUAGAACUCAUAAACCGAAUCCAUAAAGCCAUCGGAUCUACUGGCCAUUUUCCUAAUAUUCAACUGGAACAGCCCAAUCAAGUCAAAGCCGAACUAUGGACGUCUUCCAUUGGAGGCUUGAGCAUGAAUGAUUUCAUAGUAGCUGCAAAAAUCGAUGAUAUAAGAACUUCAGAUCUUGUUCCAAGAAAAAGAGCUUGGGCUUAAUCUGCAUAAAAAUCCCAGAAAGUAUAGAAUUUCCUGUAUGUUUUCUUUAUUCUUCUUGUUCUUAUUUUUACUUUUCUUAAAACGAAUUUUGCCCACACAAAUUAUGUUGUCUUAAUUGUCCGAGUGGAGAAACAUAAUGAAAUUCAUUCUUUUGAUCCUUUA